AACUUGUCGGCCAUUCAAAUAUAUAAAAAUAUAUUUCUAAAAAAAAACAGAAGCAAAAACACUUAAAAUGCCGAAAUGUCCUUGCGUGGGCGUUUUAAACCCGCUGCCAAUCUACCAGAAGCUGAUGGUGGAGAAUCUAACCGUUAUACGUCCACCGAUACUCAAGCUCUACUACUGGGAGAGCUUCGAUAUCACAGGCUUGAAUAAGAAACUGCGCUCGAACAAGUGCGAGUUCGAGCACAUCCUGGCCAUUCCCUUGCGCCAGAUACACAGCCAGUCGUUGAAGAUGAUAUUCUGGCUGCGCAACAUGUCCGCCAAGCCGCUGGAGCUGAAGCUGAAGCGCAUUCAGAACUGCCAGUGCCAGCCGCUGCAGACCCGCGUCGGCUUCAAUCAGUUCCGCCAGCUCUUCCACUGCCCGCAUCGCCGGCUCAUUCAGAUCAGCCAGGAGCUGCUCAACUUGCAGCCGGACGAGGUGCUGCCCAUCUCAGCGACCGCUAACUUCUUUCUCUACGGCGAACACUAUCUGACCUACGAGAUCCACACCAACGACAAUCGCAAGUUUACCUGGAGCUUCAAGCUGGAAGUCACAGCCUUCGAUCCGGAACGCUGUCUGCUAACGAACGAGCUGCUGCCCGUAAAUAUAAAAAACUUUCGUCAUGUGACACAGCCGAUUUGGGUGCAGAACAUAACCAUGACACAUCUCGCGUUCAAUUUUUCCGCACGCGAGCGCAGCUUCAAGCUGCACAACUCGAAUCUGACUGUGCCCCGACAGAGUGUCUGGCCCCUGCUCGUUGAGUACAGACCCCUGGACUAUGAGAAUGAGAUCGAAUUACUGUUAACAUAUGACAACGCAAGGGCACGCUACAAGAUCAAGGCGCGUGGCGCACUCACAGAUGAGCACGAGGUAACCGAUAUGCCGCUCAAGGACAGGGAGUCUGCCGACUAUCUCUACAUUAUCUAUCCGAAUCGCCUGAGCUUUGAGCUGUGCGUCAAGGAGAAUCGUACGCAGCUCGUCAAUCUACACAACUAUGGACAGAAGUGCAUGGAAUUUCGUUGGCAGAACUACAUCAUUAGUGACUUCUUUGCCGUCACUUUCGAGCCGCCCAGCUUUCGGCUGAAGGGGCAUCAUUCGAAGCUCUGCGAGAUUAGGGUGAGCGCCUAUGAACGGCUGCUCUUCUUUCGCCGCAUACCCAUUGUGCUGGAGGUGCAUCGCAUUCUGGAUGCCGCCACGCAGAUAGCCAAGGCCGAAUUGGCCGAGGUCGAGUCCAUUGAUGAUCCCAAGUGGAAGGAGGAUAGCUAUGUGGAGCAUGUCUUCCUUCAUCUGAACAUACGUGUCCAUGUGUCCAGCCGCGAGGAAAGAGAUGACGACACUGCCAUUGAGGUCGAGGGCACCUGCUCGCCCUGCGGCGGCGUCGGCCUUGACCCGGGCGCUGCCGGCGAUAAUAAGUCCAUGAGCAGGACAACAGAUCCGGACAAGAAGCAAAUGGAACGCGAGGAGCUGAUCAAGCGCCUGUCCAUGAAACGCAAACUUAAUGCCAACGAGGUGAUCGAACUAAGCAUGGCCAUCGACCAUCGCGUUACCAUAUUCGAGAAGCUCUUCUGGAAAUUCCUAUCCAAGUCGAAUUUCAUGCGCAUUCCCUCCGAGCGCACGCGCAAUAAGUUCAACAAGACCUACGAUGAUGUGAUCAUGUCGGAUCCCAUGCAAAUGCCGUUUUGCAACAUCAACAUGCAAGUGGAUCACAACACCAUUUUGUCCGUGCUCAGUCGCCUAAUGGUGGAGGCUCUCAACGAGUUGGCCAAGAACUGGAUAUUCAUACCAUCCGAAUUCUUUGAACGUGAUCCUUAAACUUUGUGUCCUUUAACUGUUCGUUCAGCUGUGCCAGCCAUAUUACAUAACCUCAAAGCUCA